UUAAACUUUUUAAUUCGCACGAGAUAAGAAAUUUAUGUUUAUCUGCAUUUCACUCAAUUUGUUUUGAUUGCUCACAUCAAGUGUCAGACAUUCGUGAUCUCCUUCAAACCCAUUUCAAGUGUUCUAGUUCAAAUUUAAUCACCCAAGUAAUGCCCCGCCAAAAGGACAUGAUCCCAGAUAUAUUACUAACUCUGGCAGGUGCUGGUUUAAUUUAUGUUUUUGUCCGCCACCGAAAGGGGAUUUACAACCGGCUGCAACGUGCCUUGGACUUCAGGAAUCCCUUGCGUCAUCAAAAAAUUGAAGUGAUUACAACUCCCGCUCGAUGUCGUGAAAUAGUCAGUGCGUUGAAACGAGAUUGUGAGAACUACAAAGUCCUUGGAUUCGACUGCGAAUGGGUAACUGUUGGCGGAUCCCGACGACCCAUCUCCCUACUCCAAUUGGCUUCACAAAGCGGCCUAUGCGGCUUGUUUCGACUCAAUGCUCUUCGAAAUAUCCCAGCCGAAUUAAGGGAGCUCUUACAGGACGAGGAAAUCCUCAAAGUCGGCAUAGUACCUCAAGAAGAUGCUCGAGCCUUGGCCAAGGAGUAUGGAGUCACCGUGGCAAGUACACUCGACCUACGACAUUUAGCACUCAGAGCGGGUCGCAAGCCACUCGGCCUCAGCAAAAUGGCUUACGAUGUCCUGAACGUUGAAAUGGAUAAAGACUGGCGCAUUCGAUGCUCUGACUGGGAAGCAAACGAAUUGACUGAGCGACAACUCAAAUAUGCCGCGAAUGAUGCGCACGUUGCAGUGGAAAUUUUCAAAUUUCUCAUGGAUGGAUUGGUUCCUAGAGGGCUCUUGCAGAGCAAUCGGAAGCGGUGGGAGAACAUUUGGAGCUAUUGCGAGCUAUACCUGGACUGGAAGUUUACUGGAAAUGGUGCAAUUGGGUUGGGAAGCGUAUCCUCACGAAAUAUGAAAGCGAAAAGUAUGGACAAAGUGCAAGGAGGAAAUAAAACAUCGACGAGGACAUUGUAUACACGAUCCAGGAUACUUUACGACAACUGCUUCCUACAAGCUCCAGAUGGUGAACUGCUCUGUACUUGCGAUAGGAAAAAGUCGAAGUGGUACAUUUCACAGAAUCUAGGUACCCUCGUAUCCGAAGACCCAUAUACAGUACGUCUAAAUUUCGAACCAGCUGGACGUGCUGUCGGCGAAGUCGGUAAAUAUUACCAAUUGGCGAAGGAGAAUCAAUGUGUUGUGUGCGGCCGAGCUGAUGCAUAUAUUCGUAAAAAUGUUGUGCCAAGAGAGUACAGAAAGCAUUUUCCAGUCGUAAUGAAAUCUCAUACUUCCCACGAUGUCUUACUGCUUUGUCCCAGUUGUCACCAGCGCAGUAACAUGUCAGAUUUGGCCGUUCGUCACAAGUUAUCCAAAAUGUGUGACGCUCCACUGUCGAAUGAAGAGGGUGGAAAGAGGGCCAAGGAAGUGCCACAACUAAGGCAACUGAGAUCGGCAGCUAGAGCGUUGCUUUAUAAUGUCGAAAAAAUUCCAGAAGAAAAGAAAGAAAUUUUACGGACCGUAGUGUUAGAAAAUUAUCCAAAUGAGCUGGAAAUUACUAAUGAACUCCUAAAUGAAGCUGCUGACAUCGAUAUCAUGGAACAAAUCGACGGCUACGUGUCACACGGCGAGAAGGUUGUUGACGCUUUCAAAGACAAGUUCGGCGGCUUAAUUGAAUUAGAGAAGCUUUGGCGCGAGCAUUUCGUCAACACAAUGCAUCCGAAAUUCCUCCCCGAAUUCUGGUCAAUCAACCACAACGAGAAUCGACUUGAAAUACGCUUGAACGAGGGCCGAAUCAAGGAGGAUGACAUCAAGGUCGCUGGCCUGAAACUGACUAACAAGGAUUCGGACGAGAUUGCAGUGGAUCAGAAGGAUACAGCCGGCGGUACAUAGCCAACGUAGUGGACCGACAAAAGCAAACUUUCUUUUGGUGUAAAUCACAUAUCAGCUUUAUUUUGCCUAUUGGAAACUGCUUUCUCGCUUAUUUUCGUUACAGUACACGUACAAACUAACUACACACUUAUUUGCGACAGUCAAUCGAAAUGUUAUAUUUACAAAUACUUUCUUUGCCUAUUUCCUCUCGUUUAAAAAUUAUUUACAUUGUUCCGGUCCAGAUUCUCACUCUGCGACGUUCAUUUUGCUUCCAUCACGACUUCCUACCGCAAAAACAUAUUUUUUCUAACUAAAUAAAUUCAAUACCUUCGUA